AUGUCGAAGGCGCCGCCGCGGGAAGACCCGUCGCCGACAGGCGUCGCGGUGUCUCCGGAGGUCGAGGCCGCGCUCGCGAGCGGCGGGGCGGUCGUCGCCCUCGAGUCCACCAUCAUCUGCCACGGCAUGCCCUACCCGAAGAACCUCCAGACGGCCAUGGAGGUGGAGGCCAUCGUCAGGGAGAACGGCGCUGUUCCUGCCACCAUAGCCAUUCUGAACGGCGUGCCACAUGUUGGGCUUAACAGUGAACAGCUGAAGAACUUGGCUAUAAGCGGAAGUCAGUUUCAGAAGACAGCUAGAAGAGAUAUCGCGCAAGUUGUUGCGUCAGGCGGCAAUGGUGCUACGACAGUCUCUGCCACCAUGUUUUUUGCUCAUAAGGUUGGUAUACCAAUUUUUGUGACUGGGGGAAUUGGAGGCGUACACAGAUACGGUGAAAAAACCAUGGAUAUCUCAUCUGACUUAACUGAACUUGGAAAGACUCCUGUGGCUGUUAUUUCAGCCGGUGUGAAGUCCAUUUUGGAUAUCGCACGGACGCUCGAGUACUUGGAAACUCAAGGGGUAACCGUUGCUGCUUACAGAACCAACGAAUUUCCAGCUUUCUUCACAGAAACCAGUGGAUGUAAGGUGCCAUGUCGCGUUGAUUCUCCAGAAGAGUGUGCGAAGAUAAUAUAUGCAAACCAGAAUAUGCAUCUAGGAUCUGGAAUUCUUAUUGCAGUGCCAGUUCCCAAGCAACAUGCAGCCUCAGGAAAGGUUAUAGAGUCUGCAAUACAGCAAUCCCUCAAGGAAGCAGAUGAUAAAAAGAUAAUAGGAAAUGCAAUCACCCCCUUCAUCCUUGACAGAGUGAAAGUACUAACUGGAGGAUCUUCAUUGGAAGCCAACAUUGCACUUGUGAAGAACAAUGCUCUCACUGGUGCUAAAAUUGCUGUAGCCCUUUCAGAUCUUCGCAAGAGAGUAACAAACAGUAAGUUGAUACUGACUUCACUAAAAAAUUACAGGUGGUUCUAUUAG